GAAGAGCCUUCCUUGCUCGUUUGGUUGUGAAUGGCUACCGUUACCAAUUUCAAGCUCGUCACUCCGCCGGAAUCUUCCCGCGCCGAUAAGCUGGGAGCUACGAAAGCAUCCGACGCAUUCCAGGAGAAGAAAUCUGUGUCUGUGAACUACGACCGAGGUGAGCAUGAGGUCUCGGUCCGCGUCGGCGGGCUCAGGAAAGCUGAUAUUCCGAGACGUUACCGAAUUCGGGUUGAGAACGACCGGUUUCAGAAGGAUUGGAGUGUAUCUGAGGUGGUGGACCGGCUUAUGGCUCUCAAUCGUUGGGAAGAAGUUGAUGGUGUUCUCAAUUCCUGGGUCGGCCGGUUUGCUAGAAAGAAUUUUCCGGUUCUUAUCAGGGAGCUUAGUAGAAGAGGGUAUAUCGAGCUUUGUGUGAAUGUUUUCAAGUGGAUGAAGAUUCAGAAGAACUACUGUGCAAGGAAUGAUAUAUACAAUAUGAUGAUUAGGCUUCAUGCUAGGCAUAAUUGGGUUGAUCAAGCUCGUGGUCUCUUCUUUGAAAUGCAGAAAUGGAGCUGCAAACCGGAUGCUGAGACGUACGAUGCUCUUAUCAAUGCCCAUGGUCGAGCUGGUCAGUGGCGCUGGGCUAUGAAUCUUAUGGAUGACAUGUUACGUGCAGCUAUUGCUCCUAGUCGUUCAACCUACAAUAAUCUGAUCAAUGCUUGUGGUUCUAGUGGAAACUGGAGAGAGGCUCUGGAAGUUUGCAAGAAAAUGACAGAUAACGGAGUUGGACCGGAUUUGGUCACUCACAACAUUGUGUUGUCAGCAUACAAGAGUGGUCGCCAGUAUUCAAAGGCGCUAUCUUAUUUUGAGCUCAUGAAGGGAGCUAAAGUUCGUCCCGAUACUACAACUUUCAAUAUCAUUAUAUAUUGCCUGUCAAAGCUUGGUCAAAGUAGCCAAGCCCUUGAUGUUUUCAAUUCCAUGAGGAAGAAGAGAGCUGAAUGUCGACCUGAUGUUGUGACAUUUACUAGCAUCAUGCAUUUAUACUCUGUCAGGGGAGAGAUAGAAAACUGCAGAGCUGUGUUUGAAGCAAUGCUUGCAGAAGGUCUGAAACCUAAUAUUGUUUCCUAUAAUGCCUUAAUAGGUGCCUAUGCUGUUCAUGGAAUGAGUGAAAAUGCUCUCUCAGUUUUUGGAGAAAUAAAGCGGAAUGGUAUUGUCCCAGAUGUGGUCUCUUAUACAAGCUUGCUCAAUUCUUAUGGAAGAUCACGUCAACCUGGAAAGGCAAAGGAGGUAUUCCUCAUGAUGAGGAAGGAAAGGAGAAAGCCUAAUGUUGUUACUUACAAUGCAUUGAUUGAUGCUUAUGGGUCUAAUGGGUUUCUAGCUGAAGCUGUGGAAAUCUUCCGGCAGAUGGAACAAGAUGGCAUUAAGCCAAAUGUGGUUUCAGUAUGCACUCUUUUGGCUGCUUGUAGUAGGUCUAAGAAAAAGGUGAAUGUUGAAACUGUACUUUCUGCAGCACAGUCGAGAGGUAUCAAUCUCAAUACGGCAGCCUAUAACUCAGCCAUUGGAAGCUAUAUAAAUGCUGCAGAACUUGAGAAGGCCAUUGCAUUGUAUCAGACUAUGAGAAAAAAGAAAGUCAAAGCUGAUUCUGUUACUUUCACUAUCCUUAUAAGCGGUUCAUGUAGGAUGUCAAAAUACCCUGAAGCAAUUAGUUACUUGAAGGAGAUGGAAGAUCUCAGUAUUCCAUUGACAAAGGAGGUGUACUCUUCUGUUCUAUGUGCUUACAGCAAACAGGGUCAAGUUACAGAAGCAGAAUCCAUAUUCAACCAGAUGAAAAUGGCUGGGUGCGAACCUGAUGUGAUUGCAUACACUUCAAUGCUCCAUGCUUACAAUGCUUCAGAAAAGUGGGGAAAGGCUUGUGAACUCUUCCUGGAAAUGGAGGCAAAAGGAAUAGAGCCAGAUUCGAUUGCUUGUUCAGCUUUGAUGAGAGCUUUCAACAAGGGAGGUCAACCGUCAAAUGUCUUUGUCCUGAUGGAUUUAAUGCGGGAAAAAGAAGUCCCCUUCAUUGGUGCGGUUUUCUUUGAGAUUUUUUCCGCUUGUAACACCUUGCAGGAGUGGAAAAGAGCAAUAGACCUCAUCCAAAUGAUGGAUCCUUAUCUACCAUCGCUUUCUAUCGGGUUAACUAAUCAGAUGCUGCAUCUUUUCGGGAAGAGUGGUAAAGUUGAAGCAAUGAUGAAGCUGUUCUAUAAGAUUAUAGCCUCUGGUGUUGAAAUCAACUUCAAGACUUAUGCCAUAAUGUUGGAACAUCUUUUAGCUGUUGGAAACUGGAGAAAAUACAUUGAGGUUUUAGAAUGGAUGAGUGAUGCUGGUAUUCAACCCUCGAACCAAAUGUAUCGUGACAUUAUCUCCUUUGGUGAAAGAAGUGCAGGGAUCGAGUUCGAGCCUCUAAUACGCCAAAAAUUGGAGGUUCCGAUCAUGGCGUCGGUUUCGUCGUCGGAUCAAGGACCUAAGACAGAAGCAGGAUGUAGCGGAGGAGGUGGAGGAGGAGGAGAGAGCUCAGAGACAGUGGCGGCGAGUGAUCAGAUGUUGUUGUAUAGAGGUUUUAAGAAGGCGAAGAAGGAGAGAGGUUGUACAGCUAAGGAGCGUAUUAGUAAAAUGCCGCCGUGUACUGCUGGGAAAAGGAGUUCCAUAUACCGCGGAGUCACCAGACAUAGAUGGACAGGUCGUUAUGAAGCUCACCUUUGGGAUAAGAGUACCUGGAACCAAAAUCAGAACAAGAAGGGAAAACAAGUUUAUCUAGGAGCAUAUGAUGAUGAAGAGGCUGCUGCUAGAGCUUACGACCUUGCUGCCUUAAAAUAUUGGGGCCCUGGGACACUUAUAAAUUUUCCGGUGACUGAUUAUACCAGGGAUUUAGAAGAAAUGCAAAAUCUCUCAAGGGAAGAAUACCUUGCAUCUCUACGUAGAAAAAGCAGCGGCUUCUCAAGGGGAAUAGCGAAAUAUCGGGGACUUCAAAGCCGAUGGGACGAAUCAGCCAGUCGUAUGCCUGGACCUGAAUACUUCAGUAACAUUCAUUACGGGGCAGGUGAUGAUCGAGGAACAGAAGGUGACUUUCUAGGUAGCUUUUGUCUGGAAAGAAAGAUUGAUCUAACAGGAUACAUAAAGUGGUGGGGAGUCAACAAAACCCGUCAACCAGAAUCUUCAUCAAAAGCAGCAGAGGAUGCAAACGUCGAAGAUGCUGGUACUGAGCUUAAAACACUGGAACACACAUCCCAGGCAACAGAACCAUACAAGGCGCCAAACCUUGGCGUCCUUCGUGGAACUCAGAGAAAAGAAAAAGAAAUAUCAUCACCAUCAAGCUCUUCUGCUUUAAGUAUCUUGUCUCAGUCGCCUGCCUUCAAGAGCCUAGAGGAGAAAGUGCUGAAGAUCCAAGAAAGCUGCAAUAAUGAAAACGAUGAGAAUGCAAAUCGUAACAUCAUCAAUAUGGAGAAGAAUCACGGCAAGGCAAUAGAGAAACCAGUUGUGAGUCAUGGAGUUGCUUUAGGCGGUGCUGCUGUGUUGUCUCUUCAGAAAAGCAUGUACCCACUUACCUCUCUCUUAACUGCUCCAUUGCUCACAAACUACAAUACAUUGGAUCCUCUUGCAGACCCUAUUCUCUGGACACCAUUUCUUCCUUCAGGAUCCUCUCAUACUUCAGAGGUGACAAAGACAGAGACCAGCUGUUCCACGUACAGCUACCUCCCACAAGAGAAAUGAGCCGUUCCCUUUAGACUUUAUGUAUGUCAGAUUCUCCUUUUGUGAGAUGAAUUUGUCGACUUGCCAUCUGUUUUUGCCUCUUUAUGGAGAGGAAGUUGGGAGAAGUGUGACAAUGGUCUGAAGCAGGAAUGUACAGGUUUUGUUAGUGGUUGUGUUUUUUUUUUUUUCAGUGUGGAAUAUAGAAUCGUCAUAUUU